AUGCACAGAAACAACAAUCUCAACGACGGGGAAGCAAGUGGAUCUUCGAGGUGGGCCACUGGACGACAUCCGGUGUACCGUGGAGUGAGGAGGCGGAGGAACAGUAGCAAGUGGGUGUCGGAAAUUCGUGAGCCUAAAAAACCUAACCGGAUUUGGCUUGGAACCUUCUCGACCCCUGAAAUGGCGGCCAUAGCCUAUGACGUGGCCGCUUUAGCCAUCAAGGGCCGAGACGCAGAGCUCAAUUUCCCAAACUCGGCGGCCUCUUUGCCCGUCCCGGCUUCAACCUCCCCCGGAGACAUCCAGGCCGCCGCUGCUUCGGCUGGCGCCGCUCUUGGAGCGGCUAAUGACGCAAUCAAGAACCGUGAGACGAGCUAUCAAGAUAAUAAUAAUAAUAAUAAUAAUACCGGAGUGCAUCAUCAAGAGGGUAGUGCAUCAAUGAUGACUAGUAGUAACAACAACAAUGUGAGUGGUGGAUUCAUGGACGAGGAUCUGAUCUUCGACAUGCCAAAUGUGCUCAUGAAUAUGGCUGAAGGAAUGCUUCUCAGCCCACCUCGACUUCACGGUGGUGCCUUCGGUGGUGAAGAUGGAUUCGUUGGAGCUGAUGAUCAUUUGUGGAAGUUUCCUUGA